GAGAUGAAUUAAAAUGCAGCACACCACGUGCACAGAGGACAGGAUCUACCACGCACUGGAAAGAUGUCUACAUGGGCUUAGCAGAGAUGCUGUCUCCAGCAGAUGGGCUGCCGGGCUGUGCCUGAACUGCUGGAGCCUGCAGGAGCUGGUGAGCCGAGACGCCGGCAACUACCUCAUCCUCGUGGAGAAGAUCCUCGGCAAGGCCAAAGAGGUGCAGGAGAAGUGCGACUAUGACCUCGUAACGCCCCUGGCUCUGCUCUUCUACUAUGCGGUCCUGUAUGCUCCCCACUUCCCACCGGGCUCCGACCUGCUCCUGAAAGCCACCAGCGUAUACCACAGCUUCCUGACCUGGCCCGUGCCCUACUGCAACAUCUUCCGCGAGCUGCUCACCUUCAUCAGCGACGAGCUCAAGGCCCCUGGGAUCUCCUUCCAGAGGCUGGUGAGGACGGAGCAGGGGCUGCCUGUGAAGAACUACCAGAGCUCCACUGUGACGGUGCUGCUGCUCAACCGCUCCGAGGUGCAGAGCGAGUUCCUCUCCAUCGCCGAGAAGUUGAGCACCAGCGAGCACCCGCAGCACGCCACGCUCGUCCUGCUCCUCGAGCACCUCUACCAGGCCAACUUCGGCACCCGCUGCGACCUGGACAGCCUGCACCACCUCCUGAAGACCAAGACAUUGGAAGAGCUCUCGGAGAUCUAUGCCAGUGCCGCUGAUGCACAGGAGAUUGCAGCCGCCAGCAGCGACCCUGUCCCGGCCCGGGAGCGGCUGCAGUCCGUGCUGUGGGACAUCGCCGGCGCUGCAUCCUUUCCUGCCAUCACGGGCGAGGCUCAGCCCCGAAAGCUCCACACCAUCCCCAUUCCUGCCGCUCGCUGCUACACUUACAGCUGGGAUCAGGAUAACUUUGAUAUCCUCAAUGAUGUCCUCAGCAAAGAGUGCAGUGUUGUCGAGCCCAUGGCCUCAGAGAACGAGGAGGAGGAGGAAGAGGAGGAGGAGGAGGAGGUGGAAACCGAUGGCUGUUCUCCCGAGCGGGACUCGCUGCUUUCCCCCAUCUGCACCAUUUCCAAAGACUCUGUGUACUCGGCACUGUCGGAGGAGGGAUCUAAGCCCUCCCGAGUGUCCCUCUUUGCCACCUCCAAGGACUCCAUCUCGGAGCUGACGGUGGUCUCCAGAAAGUCCCUGAAGUCGUUCGUCUCCAGCCUGAAGGACUGCAUGGACAGCGGGUACGCGGAGGACAGCGACGAGAGUUCCCUGGACAUGGUGGGGAGGCCGGAGCUGAAGGUAGAAAAGACCCACCACAAAUACAGACACACGCUGACCAACAAGAUCUACAAACUGUUUAAGAGCAAAAGCCAGCUGGUCUUGAGGAGAGACCUGAAGGACUGCUCAGACACGGGCUCGCUCUCACUGCCCCUGCGCCGGGCCGAGAGCCUGUGCACCCCCCAGGCCAAGCACCGUGUCCCGGCGCGCUCCCGGCGUGCUCACUCACUGCCGCAGCACGUCCUGAGCCAGCGGCUGCCGGCCCCGCUCGCCCCGCGGCACCUCAGCCUCCACCGACGGCCCUUCCUCAGCUACGAUGAGGACGCCAAGGUGUCCACGCUGCGUGUUGUGGUCUUUGGCUCUGACCGCAUCUCGGGGAAAGUGGCCCGAGCCUACAGCAACCUCAGGCUCAAGGAGAGCACCUGCCCCUCACUGACAAGGUACUUCAAGCUGCAGUUUUUCUACGUCCCUGUGAAGAGGAGCUGCUUGGCUCCAUCGACCCCACUGAUGCAUCCUUCCCCGUCCCUGGGGGACCCGCAGCUCCGGGCCUCGGCACAGGCGGAUCCCACCUUGGCCGGGAUGGAAAGCAGCACCAACGACAUCUCCCACUACAUCGGCAUGUUGGACCCAUGGUACGAGCGCAAUGUUCUUGGGCUGAUGAACCUGCCCAUGGACGUCCUGUGUCAGUCUGCCAAGCCAGAGGCUGAGCCCCAGGAGGACUCCCAGGAGCAGCUGCCCAUCCUGGCCGACAUGAUCCUCUACUACUGCCGCUUCGCCACGCGCCCCGUCCUGCUGCAGCUCUACCAGACAGAGCUCACCUUCAUCGGGGGAGAAAAGGUGACCGAAGUCUUCAUCCAUUCCCUCGAGCUGGGCCACUCGGCGGCCACGCGGGCCAUCAAGGCAUCAGGUCCAGGCAGCAAAAGACUGGGCAUAGAUGGAGACAGAGAAGCAAUCCCGCUAACACUACAGAUCGCCUACAGCAAGACAGCCGUCAGUGGAAGAAGUCACUGGAACGAUGUUGAGAAGGUCUGCACAUCCGUCAACCUUAGCAAAGCCUGCAAGAAGUAUGAAGAUCUAGCCUCAAAGACAGAGUGUCUCAACUUAACCAUGACAGAGGUGGUCAAAAGACAAAACUCCAAAUCCAAAAAAAGUUUCAAUCAGAUCAGCGUGUCUCAGAUAAAAGUAGACAAGGUCCAGAUUAUCGGUGUCCAGUCCUCCUUUGCCGUGUGCCUGGACCAGGAUGAGCAGAAGAUCCUGCAGAGUGUAACCAGGUGUGAGAUCUCUGUGUGCUACAAACCCAGGGACAGCGAUCUCUUUGCACUGAGAAGGUCGUCUUUGCCUUCCCAGGACUCCUCCGAGUUUCAUUCUCUCCUGUGUUUACCCAUUGCCACCUUCAGUGGAGCACUGCCGUAG